AAAAAAAUAAUAAUAAUAAUAAGAUGCUGAUGUGGACCAGAAUAGUCCUGCUGGCUGUCAUCGGCUCGUCCUUGCUGGUGUCCCCCGGCAGGGGAUGCGGGCCGGGCCGGGGCUACGGCAGGAGGAGGCACCCCAAGAAGCUCACACCUCUCGCCUACAAGCAGUUCAUCCCCAACGUGGCCGAGAAGACCCUGGGGGCCAGCGGCAGGUACGAGGGCAAGAUCACCCGCAACUCGGAGCGCUUUAAAGAGCUCACCCCCAACUACAACACGGACAUCAUCUUCAAGGAUGAGGAGAACACCGGCGCGGACAGGCUCAUGACUCAGAGGUGCAAAGACAAGCUGAACUCUCUGGCCAUCUCGGUGAUGAACCAGUGGCCCGGGGUCAAGCUGCGCGUCACCGAGGGCUGGGACGAGGACGGCCACCACUUCGAGGAGUCCCUCCACUACGAGGGCCGGGCGGUGGACAUCACCACGUCGGACCGGGACAAGAGCAAGUACGGCACCUUGUCCAGGCUGGCGGUGGAGGCCGGCUUCGACUGGGUCUACUACGAGUCCAAAGCGCACAUUCACUGCUCGGUCAAAGCAGAAAACUCGGUGGCGGCCAAGUCCGGGGGCUGCUUCCCGGGGUCCUCCUCGGUCACCCUGCAGGACGGCUCCACCAAGGCGGUCGAGGACCUCCAAGGGGGGGACAGGGUCCUGGCGGCGGACGGCGACGGCAACUUGGUCUUCACGGACUUCAUCGCCUUCAUCGACCGCGACUCCACCACCAGGAGGCUCUUCUACGUGAUCGAGGCCGACGGCGGCCACAGGAUCGCGCUGACGGCGGCGCACCUCCUCUUCGUCAGCCCCAACUCCACAGCAGGGGGGAGCGCCCGGGCCGUGUUCGCCAGCCGGGUGCGGCCGGGCCACCGGGUGCUGGUGCCGGACGGCGGGCGUCUGCGGGCCGCCACGGUGUCCCGUGUCUCCACCGAGGAGCGGGUGGGCUCCUUCGCGCCUGUGACUGUGCAGGGGACGCUGGUGGUGGACCGGGUGCUGGCGUCGUGCUACGCCGUGGUACAGGACCACCAGCUGGCGCACCGGGCCCUGGCGCCCCUCCGGCUCGCCCACUGGGUGUCGUCGCUGCUGUGGGGCGCGCAGAGGCGGCCCGGCGCCCAGAAGGACGGCGUGCACUGGUACUCCCAGGUGCUCUACCAGGCAGGAACGUGGCUUUUGGACCCCCGCGCCCUCCACCCCCUCGGGGUAUCGUCCCCCUCCAGCUGAAACUUUGUUUCUCUUCAAAGAUGGAGCUGCAAAAGAUGGUUAAAAAAAACCGGAAGAAGCGAGCUUGCGGUGGAUAUUUAUUCUUCUCCUCCUCCUUCUUCUUCUUCUUCUUCGCCCUUUCCAAGAAUGAACGGAGCCUUACGUUUGAAUAAUUUAUUCUCACAUGAACUGGCAACAUUGUGCAUAAUCUAUUUUUCUAUAUCUCCAAUAGCGACAAAAAAGAAGAGAAAAGAAGUAGCUAUGUGUUGAUAUGUGCAUACGUACGGUAUAUACAUACAGAUAUAUGUAUAAAUAUAUGUGUGCAGCUGACUCUUAUAUUUUGGGGAGAACAAAGCCGGCGGGGUGACAUAAAUUAUAUUUUUAUACACAGAAUUGUAAAUUAGAUUUUGACAGAAAUCACAUUUCGUUAUUUGAAAUAGUGUAAAGAUAUGAGAAUAUAUUUUAAUUUAAAUACAGUAGUAUUGGCUAAAAGUAUUGGAAAAAAUUCAACAACAAAAAAAAAAAAUAUUGUACUGCUAUUGAGAUGUUUUAUUGUAUUUUUUUGGAGGACUUACGUUGUCAGAGAGAGAGACAGAUAUUCUGCCUCGCCUCUACUUUGAUUUCUUUUCUACUUGUUUCGUCCGUUUUCCUCCGAGAGAAAAUGCGAAGCAAACUUGAGUGACAGUUCAAAGUAGUCUGGAAUAAAUUAACAACUCAUGUAAAUGUACUAAAAUGUAUUUUUCUCUUGUUUUGUAAGAAUAGUUUUGUAGCGAUUGACCUGCGGCAGAUGCACAGUUUGACUCUAUAGGCAGAACAAUAACAAGUUAUAACUUUCAUAACAGGGCCACGUGUCUAGAGUUUAUUAUUUAUAUGUUUAUUACGAAAAAUGACAUAAAGAACAUGUUCAAACUUGGACUCGCUAUCUUUGUUCUUUGCAAACUAACAAGCCAUUGGAAGGAGAGAGAGAGGGGAAACUUUUUAAAUGGAGAUUUUGCACUUUGAAAAA